UAGUACCUAGCAUAGUGCAUGGCAAAUAAAGAGUGUUCAUUAAGUGUUUAAGAGAAAGCAUUUCCUCAGCAGAGUUCCUCCAAGUGUGGUCCUUGCACUACUUGCAUCUGGAGGGGUGCAGUUUAGAUGUUAAAUGUCAGUUCCUGGAUCUUGCUCUGGAUCUACUCAGAGCUUUGUGGCGGUAUCAAUAUCAUAGACAAUGACAUUUAUCUGAGGCGUGAUUAUUGAUAAUAGAUCUACCAAGUCAGAAUCUCUGAAGGUUGGGCUGCAAGAAUCUACAUUUCCAUCUAGUAGUGCAGGUAUUUCUUGCGCAUUAAAAUUUGGGAACUGUUGCAAAAUGGGGGGGGGUGUGGAGCUAAUGGCUAUUUUUGGAAAGUGUAGCUAAAACCGAUUGAAUCAUUCUUAAUGCCUCUGACUGGGGUAGGAAAAUUUAGUAAAGGCGGAAAAGGGCAUUAGUUAAAAUUCUCUGGGGAAGUUUUUGAAAUAGAUGGACUAGUCUAAGAUGAAAAGUGGAAUUAUUGCUAAUAAAAUCUAAUCUUAAUUUAGGUCAAAUUUAUGAUGCCAGAAUGUUUUCAUUUUUAUAGAGCUACAUGUAUACUUGAUAGUGUAUAUAGAUAGAGAGAGAGAGAGAGAGAGAUAGAGAGACUUUUGUCUAACCUAACAAUACCAUAUAUUGAUUUCCAUAUUAUAGACUUGAAUCAUAAAUGUGUUAUUUUAAACUAUGACAGGUUAUAUUACAAUUGUAUUUGUGCUUUGGCCCAGAUUAUAUAUAUGAUUUACCUGAUGUCUAGUCCUUGAUCACGAAUGAUAGUAGUGCUCAUUCUCCAUGAAACUUUGGUCUGUUUUACCGUUUUGUGCCAUAUUUUUCCAUAGCAUUGUUAUUAAAUUGUUCUUUGGUAAUAGAUUAGGUAUGUAAGAUCUGAGUUAAUCAAAGGCACCAUAACAUCCCUUUAAAGAAGACUUGCAAAGUUGCAUUUUAUGACCUUGCUCCUGGGGCCUGGAACUUUCUAUUUUAAGUUUGCCUUGACAUGAUCCUCAUAGUCAAGAGCUGAGGUAUCUAUGCGUCAGGGCACAAACCUCUUAAAUAUACCAGGUUUGUGUUUCUGCUUCCUUCCUUGUAACUUUACUUUUUUAACAAUUUAAUUUAGGGUUUUGUUAGCGGUGUCACUGCUGCCAAGAUGGACCACAAGCCACUGCCCUCACGGCGCCCAUUAGGCACCAUGUCCAAUAACCUGAGACUUCUGUGCAGCGAUCCCUCCUUGGAGCUGAGCGAGUACCGGGACCAGCAGUUCGGUGGCAAUAAUGAUGAGCAGGAGAAAUUACUGAAAGAAAGCUUCACACUAUGUGGGGAUCUUUCCUUUUAUACUACGGAAGAGCAAAUAUAUGAGCUCUUUAGUAGAUGUGGUGAUGUCAAGAAUAUGUAUGGCCUGGAUAAAAUUAAGAAAAUGGCAUGUGGUUUCUGUUUUGUAGAAUACCAUAACAGAUUUGAGGCUGAAAAUGCCAUGUGGUGCCUAAACGGGACCCGCCUAGAUGAUCGUAUUAUCCGCACAGAUUGGGAUCUAGGCUUUAGAGAGGGCAGACAGUAUGGCCAUCCCCGACGUGGGGGCCAGGUAAGAGAUGAGUUUCAUGAAGAUUUUAAUGCUGGUAGAGGAGGCUUUAGAGAAGCUUAUGACAGGAGAGAAAUCCACUAAUGACAAACCUGCAGCUCUGGCCCCUAGAAAAGUCUAUUAAGGAGCACCACCAGGUCAGCACAUAACCCAUUUUGUAACAAGUUUAAAUUACUUGCUGAGCAGAGACCCUUUUGAUGUAUUUUUUCUCUCUGAAAUGUUAUUAAAUGGCACAAACCAAAA